UCCCUCCCGCAAGAAGCCCUAUUAUAAAGGCUGUGUUUGCUCAGUUCCUGCAGUGUGCCCCCUCCCAGGAGCAGAGGCAGACACUCCUGGAUUCAUUCCUCCUCUCCCUGGACCCGCCCAAUAAAUCUCUUUUAUGGGAUUUGCUGCCUGGUGUGACUGUCAUCAGAAGCUGUGAAGAAAAGGGGAGCAGGGAGGAAGUGGAGCAGGGCUGAGGCUCCUGAGCUCCUCAGCUCAGCUGGGGAUCCCCUCCCCUGGGAGCUGCAAUGCCUCUGCUGAGGAGACUUCCUCUCAGAGCUGUGUGGUUCCCAAGUUCCCAUGUCUCAGGAUGUCACUUCAUUGGGACACUGUCCCACCUCAGAGCUGUGUGGUUCCCGGCCUUCUGAGUCCCAGGACACCAUCCCAUCUGAGCAGGAAAGCCAACAGUUCUGCCCUGGGUCCCAUACCCAGCACUAAAAAGAAAGAAUCAAACCACAACAACAGAAGUGUUCAAAUAUAAAAUGACUUUUCUGAGACAUAUUUUCAAGUAAUGGCUCCUAAGUACCUGUGAAAAGUCCUGAAAAGUAUCUCAACUCCCAAGGUGUUGUGCAGACAGACCUUACAUUGCAGAUCAUAGGAAUAGCAAUGACAGCGCACAUGAAUAUUAGUUGUGAACUACAAAAUAGUAAUCUGGGGUUGUUUUUCAUAUCAACAUUAAUAUGAUGCCUUCACAGCCCUAAUGCUCUCACCGUCUGUAACUUUGUCCAUUGGCCAUCCUGUCAUGCUUUAUGUUCUAGGAACACCAAUGCUUGUAUGGCUCCGGUAGCUGCAUCCCGCUUCUGACUUAGGCUCUGCUUCUUAUUACGUUUUCCUAGUGUUUUUUCCCUCUGUCAUCUUUCAAAUAAGGCUUCACCUUAUUCUAGGAAGCCUCCCCUACCUCUGCACGCCUUGGGUUACCUUCUCCUCCACAGCAACAUGGUCCUUCUUGCUGUCUUUCUGUAGUUGAUUAUGUGUUCAUGACCUCACUUCAGGCCGGCAUUAAACUAUUCAGGUUUCUUCUGUGGAGCAGCACCCUUUCAUGUCUAACUGUGUAGUUUUGUUGAAUGAAUGGAUUAGAUUCCUUUCCUAUAACUGUGUUUUCCUGUGUAAGCAUUGGCAUUUUUUAUGUUUGAGCAGUGUGCAUCAAUUGUUAGGUCUGAAACUUCUGCUUAUUGACAUGAUGGCUUUUAUCAGCUGAGGUAACCAAUCAAGUUAGCAUCGGUGGUAUUAGGGUCAAAGUUAGUUCUGCGGGUGUUAGGUUAUGGAGGAAAUACAAAUAAACUUUAGGGGGACAAAAUUUAUAUAUAAUAUAUUAUAUGUUUUUGUCAGCAUACAGAAUAGUGAGUUUAUAACAUUUAAAUUUUAUUAAUAUUAUCAUGUAUUAUAUAUGAUGUGAUCAUGAUAUAUGAUACCAUGGCACAUGUGUGGAGGUCAGAGGACAGCUUUGUACCUCAUUUUCUACUUUCACCUCUAAGGAGAUUGUGAGUAUUAAACUCAGGGUGUCAGGCUUCUACACACAAGCGUUUUAUCACCGAGCCACCUCACUGGCCUCAUGAUGACAGUUUUAUGCAUGUCAGCCAUUAUACCUUGCUUUUGUUUGACCCCAUUGUCCUCCCCUACUUCUUUCUGCCCGAAGUUCUUUGGAUUCUCUUAUUCCGUCUUCUCAGAUUAUUUACUCUUCUCUUGGAGUGCUGUGCCGGGCUUCGAUGUUGGCUUUCUUGUAAAAAUGAUUGGUCUAAAGAAAUUUCCAUGUUGUCAGCAGUGAUACAGAGCACAGAAGUAUUUCACCAAUAGUUUGCAGGAACGUAACUGCAUUCUAAGUUCCAGAAUGGCAGCAGCAGCAUCCUUCUCUCAGUCUAGAGUUCCACAAGACUCUCCGGCUCCCUGUGGUCCCCCCACGUAUUCCAUGCAGAUGAGAGCUGGUCUCUAGGGGUGCUGGAAAAAUAGGCACAUCCUGUAUGUAACGUCAAUGUGGACAUUUGAUGCUCAGGGGCUGUGGACGCCCCACAGCUGGGGACUCCUUUUCACAGUUCCGAUUUGCUGAGGAGAAAGAAUGGGAUGGUGAAACUUCAUGUUCAAAACAGAAUUCAGCGCUCUACGUGGACAGUGAGUCACUGGUUCGAGCCCUUCAGCAGCUGCCUCUUGCAGUCCGUCUUAAUGUUGCUUCAGAGUUGAUCCAGACCGCAGUUCCUUUAGAACUUCCACAGGCGAAACCAAGGAGAAACGAUGAUGGCAAGGAGCUGGGCAUGCAGUUAAGGGGGCCCCUCUCCCAGCUCAGGUCUGCUGCUGGUGGGUGUCCCAGGUCUCUGGGCAGAGACAGUUUAAGACAGAGCCCUUCAGAAGGUUCGCAGAAAGCAUCUUCCCCACCACAGUCAGCGGCAGACCAUCUGGAAGAAGAACUGGAUAUGUUGCUACAUUUAGAUGCACCUGUGAAAGAGGAAGACAGUCUCUCUCCAGACCAGACAUCUCAGGACCAGGAGCCAGAAAGAGAUGGGCAGAUAGCCCAGGAGGAAAUAGCUCCUGAAAAACCAUCUGUGACCAGAGACAAAACUGUGGAACCUGGGCAGCCAAGCACAUCGAAAACUGUCACCGAGGAAGAGCUGGAAGACUGGCUGGACAGCAUGAUUUCCUGAAAGGGGGAAGAGUGCUUGAAGCAAAUGUUGGUUGCUGUCUGCGUGAGGGUGGGCUAAUUUACCAGAUCCCCCGUGCUAACAUGUCCUGUUAUGCUUACAGCAGCCAACACCUACCUCAGUGUUUGAUGGCAUCUGAAUGCAUGGCUGAGGCGUGUUUGGGGCUUCACUUCUGUCGUUACCUGGCUUAGUCAUCUACAGACUUCACUGUGGACAGGGGAUAUCACAGCUACACUUUGAACCUCCUUCCUGUCAACCUUUCAGCAUAGCAGGUGGUAUUUAAGGGAAUAUACUGAAGCCACAAGGCAUGCAGUUGGUCAAAAUAAACACCCUCUGAUGUA